CAUGGAAAACGUUGGAGAACAAGUUGUGUGCCUGAUUGCUUAUCAUCUACUUUUUGCAAUGUUCGUCUGGUCAUAUUGGAAAACUAUCUUUACAUUACCAAUGAAUCCUUCAAAAGAAUUCCAUCUCUCUUAUGCGGAGAAAGAAUUGUUGGAGAGAGAGCCAAGAGGAGAAGCCCAUCAGGAAGUUCUUCGGCGAGCUGCCAAAGAUCUCCCCAUCUAUACCAGGACCAUGUCUGGAGCAAUCCGAUAUUGUGAUAGAUGCCAACUCAUAAAACCAGACCGCUGCCAUCACUGUUCUGUCUGUGACAAAUGUAUUUUGAAGAUGGAUCAUCAUUGCCCUUGGGUGAACAAUUGUGUUGGAUUUUCAAAUUAUAAAUUUUUCCUCCUUUUCUUGGCUUAUUCUCUGCUGUACUGCCUUUUUAUUGCUGCUACAGAUUUACAGUAUUUUAUCAAAUUUUGGACAAAUGGCCUACCCGAUACUCAAGCCAAGUUCCAUAUUAUGUUUUUAUUCUUUGCCGCAGCUAUGUUUUCUGUCAGCUUGUCUUCUCUGUUUGGCUAUCAUUGUUGGCUAGUCAGCAAAAAUAAAUCUACAUUAGAGGCGUUUAGAAGUCCUGUAUUUCGACACGGAACAGAUAAGAAUGGAUUCAGCUUGGGUUUCAGUAAAAACAUGCGACAAGUUUUUGGUGAUGAGAAGAAGUACUGGUUGCUACCCGUUUUUUCAAGUCUAGGUGAUGGCUGCUCCUUUCCAACUUGCCUUGUUAAUCAGGAUCCUGAACAACCAUCUACUCCUGCAGGAAUGAACUCAACAUUGAAAACUCCUGAAAACCAUCAGUUCCCUGCAAAGCCCUUGAGAGAGUCCCAGAGUCACCUUCUCACGGAUUCCCAGUCUUGGACUGAGAACAGUGCAAACCCAGGAAAAGGCAAAGCUGGUAUGAGCAAUCCUGCAUUAACCAUGGAGAAUGAGACUUAA